AUUACUACUUCACAAUGGACACCGACGAUGUGGAAUCCUCGAGCAGUAGCACGAUGUCGAGCCUGAACAGUCUGUUUUCGUUCACCAGCCCGGCGGUGAAGAAGCUGCUCGGCUGGAAGCAGGGCGAUGAGGAGGAAAAAUGGGCCGAGAAGGCGGUCGACAGUCUGGUGAAGAAGCUCAAGAAGCGAAAGGGCGCGAUCGAGGAGCUGGAACGGGCCCUCUCCUGCCCGGGGCAGCCCUCCAAGUGUGUCACCAUACCGCGUUCGCUCGAUGGUCGUCUGCAGGUAUCACACAGAAAGGGACUGCCGCACGUGAUCUACUGCCGUGUGUGGCGCUGGCCCGACCUUCAAAGCCACCACGAGCUGAAACCGAUCGAAACGUGCCAGUAUCCGUUCAGCGCCAAACAGAAGGAGGUUUGCAUCAACCCGUACCACUAUAAGCGCGUGGAGAGCCCGGUGUUGCCGCCGGUGCUGGUUCCGCGCCACUCCGAGUUUGCCCCCGGCCACUCGUUGCUGCCAUUCCAUCAGAUGAACGAACCGAACAUGCCGCACAACGUGAACUACUCGAACACGGGCUUCAAUAACUCUCACAUGGGCAGUGGCGGUGGUGGAGGGGGUGGUGGCGGUGCCGGAGGAAACGGCGGAGGUGGAAAUGGAGCUGGUGGUGGUGGAGGCGGCGGUGGUGGUGGUGGUCCUAAUUCGCCCAUCUCGUCCCACAUGGGCCCGAACAGUCCGAUGUCGUCCGUUUCGAGUCCCGGACCGAUCAAUUCCAAUCCUCAGAGUCCGUAUGGGGCACUACCGGAAACGCCCCCGCCAGCCUACAGCCCGCCGGAGGAGGGUAACACGGUCGGUGGAGCGCAGGAUGGAAAUCAGAUGGACACGAACCAGAUGCACGGGGAGGUGGCACCGGUCAGCUAUCAGGAACCGCCGUACUGGGCCAGUAUAGCAUACUACGAGCUCAACUGUCGCGUCGGCGAGGUAUUCCACUGCACCAACACGUCCAUCAUCGUGGAUGGCUUUACAAAUCCCUCGAACAAUUCCGACCGCUUCUGCCUUGGGCAGCUGAGCAACGUCAAUCGGAACAGUACGAUCGAGAACACGCGGCGCCACAUCGGCAAGGGUGUGCACCUGUACUACGUCGGUGGCGAGGUGUACGCGGAGUGUCUGUCCGACUCGGCCAUCUUCGUGCAGAGCCGCAACUGCAAUCACCACCACGGGUUCCAUCCGAGCACGGUGUGCAAGAUCCCGCCCGGCUGCUCGCUGAAGAUCUUCAACAAUCAGGAGUUUGCGCAGCUGCUCUCGCAAUCGGUCAACCACGGGUUCGAGGCGGUCUACGAGCUGACGAAGAUGUGCACGAUACGCAUGAGCUUCGUGAAGGGCUGGGGAGCCGAGUAUCACCGACAGGACGUCACCUCCACGCCGUGCUGGAUCGAGAUUCACCUGCACGGUCCGCUCCAGUGGCUCGACAAGGUGCUGAUGCAGAUGGGCUCGCCACACAAUGCCAUCAGCUCGGUGUCGUAAACAAAGCAUGGGGCGCACAUGCGGAGCUCGAUCUUCCGGACCCGCCCGGGUGGAUGGCGAGUUUGCUCUAGAUGCUUGCUAAAUGCUCGAAGAAAAGUCAGCAAAACAAAGGAUAUCAUUGACAAGAGGUGUCUGUGCGAAGAGAAAUUCGUUCUAUCUUAGACGGCACACGAUUGCAGAAAUCAUUUCGUACAUUAUCAUACUAAAACUAGCUGCUAGUAAUGUCCGAGGUCCUUGUAGUAGUCCUAGGCGAGCAAUACAAAAACAAAGCGUACAGAUUUCAAUCAAACGCAAAGCAAAUCCACUCUCCGAGGUCCGAGCGAACCUGGAGAAGUUUCGUUCUUGUUUUUCGUCGAAACACCGUUGGAACGCUGCAGCAAUUGCAUUAACCGGUGUGGUGUGUGCGUGUGUGUGUGUGUGUACGUGUGUGUGUGUGUGUGUGUGUGUACGUAUUCGUAUUGUUCGUAAAAGCGUCCCAAGCGACAAGCGAGCGUGUCAAGCAGACAAUUUCAUUUAGCUCCGCUCUAAACGGCGCUAGAAAGCUACUGUGUAGGUAAGGAAAGUUAGGUAAGGUUCUCGCGCGAGCAUAAGUUUUGUUUUGUUUUAGCUCAUUUCGAUAUUUUACGGUUCGGUUUCGACAAUCAUCGCAGCUUCGGAGCGGCGUUGUACUGAAGGACGUACGCAGUUUUAAAGAUUUACGUUUUAAGGGCGCAGACAUACAUUUUACCGCUAUCUUUCGUGUACGUGUGCACACCUCUAUAGUUGAACAUGUUUAGACCAGUGGGAGGAUGAUCUAAAUUUAAGGUUGAGUAUAAAAUGCCAUUUCCAUUGGUACGGUUUUGGAAAAGAAGCGAAACAGAUUUCAUUUGCUUGAUCAACCGUAGUAGGAUUAAAUGCAACUCACGAUAUGGCUGAAAGUAAGACGGAGAGCAACAGUGUUCACUGUGCCGAUCGAUAGUGGACACGGAGGAUGAUCCAAAAAUUCAGAAAGUGCUUCGCAGUACCUGUGGGGUCUGAUUAUCCCAAUGCAAAACUGGACACAACACAUGUCAAAAUGUAUGUUAUGCAGAAAAAAGCAGUACGACGAUGAUCAAAAUGAACUCAAUGUAGGGUGAUCCUCGUUCGCUUGCCGGGGGUUUCUCGCGAACAAAUGCACGAUAGUCGAUGGUAUAUGUUUUAAAUUCGACUCAAAGUCCCCUCCCCACCCCCCCAGCGCAGGUACGGGCGCACAGUGGAUAUCUUUGUUUUUCCCUGCUAACGAUGUAGAAUGUAAGUCUAGCGUGUGCAAUUUCGUUUUAACAUGGACGCGUCUCAAAACCCCGUAGUUUCCGUGAAGUUUCCGUGUUAUGUGAUUAAUAUUCUGAUGCCAUCGAACAGGAAACUAAUUGGGUUAUAAUUUUAAGUCCAGCGUUGGACAUACACAGAUCGCUUCUAUAUAUAUAAAUUUUUUUUUUAUUCGUCAUAAAGAUUGCCCCCACACUAUUUUAAGGUCAGAGAAUGUAAUGAGGUAGUUUAUUCUUUAGAUCGAUCAAGUGCAAAGCAAAGUUGAAUGCAAAGCGGUUACAUUUUGUUUGUCUCAACAGUGGUACUUUAAUUCUCUUCAAUAAUGUCGCAAAAACUCGUACUGUGUUUUUUUUUCAUAAAUAUAAUUUACCUUUCUGUUGAUUCGACAUUCGUUGAUUUUUAACUGCAAUUCGUUUUGAGGUAUGCGAUGGAAAAGAUUUAUAUUUGGUUACAGCUAGGAUAGAUUAGCUAAGUAAGUUUUAUGUGUAGUUCUAAGUUCGACAGUGGUUUUAAAGUGUAGCUAAAGAUUCAGUGUUACAUUACUAUACAGCUUUCGCGCUUCCGUUUGAGCACUUCCGUAGAGAUGUAAUUUUUUCGGAUGCGCUCAACUUCUUCGAUUGCCAACUGUAUGCUUAGUACGGAAGUUCAGUUCAGUGGGGAGAUGACACUCGAUGAUAUAAAACUAAAAAUAAGAUAAGAAAAUGAAAACAAAAAUGCAUGAAUGCACGAUUAGAGAAUAAAAAGGUAAACGAAAACCCGCAAAACACACUUCAUACUCAGUAUUUUCCACCAAAUAGGUGCUGAACAGGAAGGGGGUUAAUCCAUUAACCCAUCGCCUUUUCGUCGUCUUUUCUGUCGACUGUUUCCGCAAGCCGUAGCAGCCUUUCAAUCUCUCGAUCAUUAUUUUCUGUACGACACUAAACCAGUUAAAACGUGCCUCACGCAUCUCAACAAAGUAUAUGCGUAUUUGUAUGCCUGCCUUAAGCAAAAGGGAAUAUACAUUUGACUUAUUGCUAUUCGAUUGUUCAGAUUCUGCAGACUAUUACAGCAGAUUGCCUUAUUGAUUGUUUUGGCCUUAUUGAUCGCAAUUCAAGUGUAUAUUCAGUGCCUCAUAGUAAAAAAAAAAAAAACUAGCACAAAACACACCGAGUUGAGCAAAGGCGAUGUUUAGCUGCUCUUCUGAAGCGCAUCACA